GGCAUCAGCCUGAGUACAAGUUCUCAACUACAAGCAUCCAAUUCAGACUUUGCCUUCUCCUCCAGGGAAAGAUAUAUGUACACUAGUAAAAAAUGUUUGCCAUUCUCUAGUCAAGUUACGAAAAAUAACUUUACAGAGGACGUGUCGUAAAGGACAGUGGGAGGAGGACAAUGGGGGUUGGAGGUGCCUCCCCCCAAAUGUUGCUGUGGCUCAGACUGUUGAGUUUGAUCUUUCUGGUGACCGCUCUGAACCCAGAUGAUCCCAAUGUGUGCAGCCACUGGGAGAGUUACGCUGUGACCGUCCAGGAGUCUUAUGCUCAUCCUUUUGACCAGGUCUACUAUACUCGCUGCACUGACAUUCUCAACUGGUUCAAAUGCACAAGACACAGGAUCAGCUACAAGACAGCCUACAGAAGAGGUGUGAGAACCAUGUACAGGCGACGCUCUCAGUGCUGCCCGGGUUUCUAUGAAAGUGGAGAGCUGUGUGUUCCAUUGUGUACUGAGGAGUGUGCCCACGGUCGCUGUGUCUCUCCUGACACCUGCCAAUGUGAGCCCGGCUGGGGAGGUCUGGACUGCUCAAGCGCCUGUGAAAGUGACUUCUGGGGUCCCCACUGCACUAACCGCUGUCAGUGUCGGAACGGGGCCAAAUGUAACCCAAUCACGGGAGCCUGCGUCUGCACAGAUGGCUACCAGGGCUGGCGUUGCGAGGAGCCGUGUGAGCACAACUUCUAUGGCAAGGACUGUCUGCUCGAGUGCCAAUGCCUAAACGGUGCAACAUGCCACCACGAAAGUGGCGAGUGCUUCUGUGGACCCGGAUACACUGGGGCAUUUUGCGAGGACCCUUGUCCACCAGGGAAGCAUGGCCCCUUGUGCGAGCAACGCUGUCCCUGUCAGAAUGGCGGAACGUGCCAUCAUGUGACUGGUGCAUGCUCCUGUCCUGCUGGUUGGGUGGGUCCUGUGUGCGCACAGCCGUGUCAGUUUGGCUCAUUCGGCAUCAAUUGCUCCCUGGAGUGCACGUGUCGUAAUGGAGGCCUGUGUGAUCACAUCAGCGGCCAGUGCCAAUGCACUUCUGGCUACAUUGGAGAAAGGUGCCAGGAUGAAUGUCCAGUCAGCACUUACGGGCCUCAGUGUGCCCAUAAAUGCGACUGCCAGAAUGGGGCGGAAUGCUACCACAUCAACGGGGCCUGUCUUUGCAAUGAGGGAUUCAAGGGUCCAAGCUGCCAAGACCGCUUCUGUCCAGCUGGAAUAUAUGGACUCCUCUGUGACAAGGAGUGCCCCUGCAAAAUGGCAAACACACUCAGCUGCCACCCUUUGUCAGGCGAAUGCACAUGUGCUGCAGGAUGGACUGGACUAUUCUGCAACGAGACUUGUCCAGCAGGUUACUACGGUGAAGGCUGCAAAGAAGUGUGUGACUGUGCUAAUGGAGCCGACUGUGACGGCGUCACUGGAACAUGCAUGUGUGCUCCAGGAUAUAUAGGGGAGGACUGCUCUAUUGUCUGUCCUGCAGGCCUGUAUGGGACCAACUGCACAUCGUCAUGUUUCUGUCACAAUGAGAUAUCAUGCUCACACGUCGAUGGCUCAUGCAUCUGCGGAGAAGGUUGGCAGGGAGUUGACUGCUCCAUCCCAUGCUCCAGCGGAAACUGGGGUCUAACCUGCAAUCAGAUCUGUCAGUGUGAAAACGGGGCAGCCUGUGACCCUGUUAAUGGAACAUGCACCUGCUCUCCAGGCUGGAGGGAUGCAUUGUGUGACAUAGCGUGUCAUGAGGGAUCAUAUGGCCUGGGCUGCAAAGAGAGAUGUGACUGUGCGAAUGCUGAUGGCUGUGAUCCAAUAACUGGCGCUUGCCGCUGUGUCGCAGGUUGGACAGGUGUCCAUUGUGACAGUGUGUGUAAUGAUGGCUACUGGGGUCCCAACUGCUCUUACAGCUGCACCUGUGAGAAUGGAGGCUCAUGCUCCCCUGAGGAAGGCACAUGUGUGUGUGCUCCCGGUUACCGUGGCACCAACUGCAAACGAACAUGUUCACCUGGAUUCUACGGCCAUCGUUGUAGCCAGUUGUGUCCUCAGUGCAUCCACAGUGAUGGGCCUUGUCACCAUGUCACUGGCCAUUGCGAAUGUUUGUCUGGUUUCUUCGGAACCCUCUGCAACCAGGUAUGUUCCAGUGGAAAAUAUGGUAAACACUGCACCGAGACGUGCCUGUGCACAAACAACGGCACUUGUAAUCCCAUCGAUGGCUCGUGUCAGUGCUACCCUGGAUGGAUUGGAGAGGACUGCUCCAAACCCUGUCCUCAGGGCUCGUGGGGUCCCGACUGCAUUCACACAUGUAACUGUCACAAUGAUGCCCAGUGUAGCCCCACAGAUGGAGAGUGUGACUGCAGCCCUGGAUGGACAGGACUCUUCUGUACUCAGCGCUGCCCAACAGGUUUCUACGGUACUCAGUGUGCUGAAGUUUGCCGCUGUCAGAACGGGGCUGACUGUGACCACGUCAGUGGGCAGUGUUCGUGUAGGACGGGCUUCAUUGGCGAAAGCUGUGAACUCAAAUGUCCCGCUGGGACUUUUGGUUACGGCUGCCAGCAGCUAUGUGAGUGUAUGAACAACGCCACAUGUGACUACGUGACAGGAACCUGCUAUUGUAGCAUUGGAUUCAAAGGCAUCCGGUGCGAUCAAGCAGCCCUUGUGAUGGAGGAGCUGAACCCCUACACCAAGAUCAGCCCUGGCCUUGCAUCGGAGCGUCAAUCAGCGGGCGCCAUCCUGGGCAUCAUCUUUCUGUUGCUGCUCAUCAUGGCCAUGCUGUCUCUGGUGGUUUGGUUGCGCUACCGACAGAGGGAGAAAGGCCAGCAUGUCCCCAACGUCACCUAUACACCCGCCCUGCACAUCAACUCCACCGACUAUUCCCUCUCUGGGUGUGCUGGCCUGCUGGCUUCUUCAGAGUCAUCACCUUGUAACAGCUCCAUAGGCCACUGCUUCUCCAAUCCUAACUACCGCACACUGGGCCCCUACACCUACGCUGCCCACUACGCCAAACCAGACAAGAGGCGCUCCACCAAGAUGAAGGCCAAACGACGACACAGGAACAGUGCUCCGGAGUGGGGCGCCUAUUGUAACCUCAGUGAGUUGGGUGUGUACUGCAUUGACCGGCGUUACAGUUACCAAGUGGAGCCACUCUACAGAGACUACAUGAAGAGCUCCAUGUCCAGCACUUGCUCCCUCAACAGUGAAAACCCGUACGCCACCAUCAACGAUCCACCUGGUUUGGUGUGCAAACACUCAGAGAGCAGCUACGUGGAGAUGAAAUCACCAGCUCACCACCAACACGUGGCACACUGCUGUGCAGCUACCAUCAUCACCACUUCCAGUACCAAUGUGCCUGCCAAGAAUGUCUACAACAUGGAGCCCACCAUCAGUAUCAUCCCAGGAGCUGGAGGCGUGGUGGUACCUAGUUACCCGCAGAGCCCCUAUGACCUGCCCAGGAACAGCCACAUCCCCAGCCACUAUGACCUGCUACCUGUGCGGCCCACCCCCUCUCAGAGCCAUAGCCCCCCUCUGGUGGGAAGCCCCACUGGUUCACUGCUGUAGAACACCCUCCACACGCUGGAAACCUGGCCAUCCCUGCCUGCCUUUUGUGAACUGGAUAGAAUUCACUGACGUACUCAGAAACUGUGAAGAAGCCGUUUGGUUUUGUAGUUUUCAGUAAGUGCUGAACAGAAAAACGGAAAGAACAGAUCUGAGGUGCAGUGUCUCCUACAUUACACUGCUAUUUGAUCUUUUAUCAUUGUAAAUAUAUUCAACUUUAGGUGUUUUGUGCCAUGAUCCUUUUGUGUUUUCACUGUAUACCCCUAACCAACAACUAAAUUCAGUAGAGGUAUUUAUAUGCUUGUGUACAGCAGUGUAUCUUUUUGUGGUAUGCAGAUGUUUUUCACACAUUCAAAGGUGGACAGGACCCAUUUGAACACACCCUUAUGUGUGUCAGCAAAUUUGGCUGAUUCAGCUUGUCCAGUACUCUUUUAAGUGAUCACUGAAACAUCAUCAAGCCAGAUUAACAAAGCAUCAAUACACUUUUUUUAAUUUAUUUUUUUUACAUUAUUUCUACUUUCUUUUUUGUGGUUACUGUAGAAAAAAGUGAUGUAUUGGUUUUACAUUGUGUCCACUUGUAAUUAUUUUGUUGUUGCAUUAGGGUGAAUACACAUGCAUGCCAAAGAUUAUUAGAACAAUAUAAUUACACUAGUUGGAGCAAAGUUAGUCAUCUGUCAAUCCACAUAUACUGUUGUGCCAACAUAGCCGUUUGAAAGUGAGAGGAUUUGAAACAAGAAUUGGUUGAGACUCAUUUAUUCAAGCAACUUAGUCAUUUGGUCCAACAGAUGGCAUUUGGUGCCAAGGUUAACUUGUAUUUACUAUCAACAUUAUCUAUAUUGUACCGCUGAAUUUAGUAUAACACUGGGGUACAAUUACAAAAAAAUUGUUGACAUAAAUAAGAGUUAGAUUGAUUAAAAAAGGCAUGCUGAUUCCAAAACUGCAGUCAGUUCUUCUUUCUGCAUGUCAGUUUUUCUCUCCACAGCAUAUCCUCUAGAUAAACAAAAGUGUACAUUUUAGCUGUAGCAAGACUGUGAUAAGAUCUAAUUACAAUUGGACUUAACAGCUACCUGUCAAUCUUUUUGGCCAAUUACAAAUGCGUGCGAUGAGAGGUGCAUACAGCUCCCAAUAAAAACAAAGCAUUUGUGCUGGGUUUUCUCCUAACUUGUAACCAUGUGAAAAACGUAAGUUAUAUAUUGUUUAAUGCAAUAAUUUUAAUUUUGAACACAUAACUAGAUGCAAAUCUUAAGUGUUUUAUUUACACAGCUACAUACGUAUAUUACAUGUGUACUUUUUAAGAAAACAAGGCUCAAGCUCAAACACUUGAUGUGAGAGAAAAACUGAUAUCAGUUUUGGAUUCUGCACCCAAAAACAAAGCAACACAAAUUGUGCUCCCCAGUGAAACUGAUAAAUACUGUAUGUAUGCACAGAAAUCAGUACUGUGAAACUAUGUCAAAGUAUAACUUCACUCAGCAAUAAGAUGACAUUCAGACAAUCCGAUUUAUUUCCCGCUCAACUCACCUCCUGUUAUUGUUCUAAAUGGAUACACUUUAUAUACCUUUUUUCUAUCACCAUUUCAAAUUGAAAUUUUCUUUACUGCUCAUGUUUCCAAUCAAUAAAGGAUCAGGGAGUGGUAGUCAUAUGCACUAAUAGGUUAGUGAACUCUCGAGUGAAAAGACAAAGCAUCUAGGUUUAUGACUGGUGCGCUUUAUUAAGAUGAACUGAUAACUUAAGAUAUAGACACAAUUGUACAAUUUUAUCAGUCUGUACAAAACAUAAAACCAUUCAUUCUGAGCCGCCACUCACGUUUAACGCUUCAUAGUAAUUGAAAUGACAUCAUUUCACUCUUACAUUGGAAUUACAGUCAGUUGAUGAAUUUCAAAACAUAUAAAAAUGACAAAUAAAAAAGACACAAAACAAUGGAUUAUUAUUUUGGAAUCAUUUUUUGAUCAUGAAAGGAAUCACCUCAACUCAUAAAACUGCCAGCUUGCGAGUGUGGAGUAGCUUGGUUGGCAGCGCCGUCUGUUCGAGGAAACGCCAUUGGUACUGCCAGCCAAGCUACCACACUGGAACCAACCACUGAUCCAUCCAUACUCUGCCUCUACACACACAUACAUACACAGAGUGCAGGUAGUGCAUAGAUGCCUGCCAAAUCAUCACAAAGCUGAAUAAACACUGGAGUGUUGGACUGACACUUAGCUUGUCGUCCUAGCGCGCUAAGCUGAUUCGAUGGACAUCGGAUGUUUGCAACAGAAGGCGGAAGUGUGGAGGGGGAGUCCCACCAAAAGCCAUGCAUUGUGUUCAAGUCAGAGGCAGCUUGGUGUAAAGUAGGCUUUAUGUGACAGGGAAAAUAUGUUGAGGGGGCAGACCACUUGUGUGUGUAGGAGGAAGGGGGUCGCAAAGGUGACCGGUGAAGUAGGCACUAGAAAAAACAGCCAACCACAUGGAUGAAUCCACCAUAUCUUUUCCUCUUAACGUCACGAACUUAAUGGUGCUCAAAAUCAUUUAUCACUAUUCACUAUUUUUGAUCAAGCAAUUAACGAUAAAGCUUUUGAGACUCAGAUGUUGUGUCACCUAUAAAAAAAAAAAAUAUACGAGUUGAGUUUUGAAAACUACACUUAUUUACUAAAGCUAGUUUAAAAAAAAAACAAAAAAAAAACCUAAGGUCAACCAAGCAAGUCCAACAGUGUUGUCUUAGCUUUGUGGUCACA